CAACUCUUGACACCUCCUUUAGGGCUCGGUGUCACAUGACUGCUUGUCUACCUGUCUAGUGUAUACCCCAAUCUGCGACGGAGAACGGAUUCAGUUGGAGAGUGACGGACUGACGGCACAAGGACAGGUUGUUGGACCGAACGAAGCAAAAUGUCGGGCAAAGACAGGAUUGAAGUGUUUCCAUCCAGAAUGGCUCAGACCAUCAUGAAAGCUCGCUUAAAAGGUGCACAAACAGGACGCAACCUCCUAAAGAAAAAAUCGGAUGCUUUAACUAUGCGAUUCCGGCAGAUCCUUAAAAAGAUUAUUGAGACCAAGAUGCUUAUGGGAGAGGUGAUGAGAGAAGCGGCCUUUUCGCUUGCUGAAGCAAAGUUCACAGCAGGAGACUUCAGUACCACUGUUAUCCAGAAUGUGAACAAAGCACAAGUUAAGGUCAGGGCAAAGAAAGACAAUGUUGCAGGUGUAACCUUGCCAGUAUUUGAGCAUUAUCAAGAAGGCGGUGAUAGCUAUGAAUUGACAGGCCUUGCUAGAGGUGGUGAGCAGCUGGCCAAACUGAAGAGGAAUUAUGCAAAGGCUGUAGAACUACUUGUAGAGCUGGCCUCAUUGCAGACCUCAUUUGUUACAUUAGACGAAGCUAUUAAAAUCACUAACAGACGUGUUAAUGCUAUAGAGCAUGUGAUUAUACCCAAAAUUGAGCGUACUUUGUCUUAUAUUAUAACUGAACUUGACGAACGUGAAAGAGAAGAGUUUUACAGGUUAAAGAAGAUCCAAGAAAAAAAGAAAAUUAUCAAAGAAAAAGCAGAGAAGGAACUUGCUCAAUGGAGUCAGAACACUGGAGGCUGUGAACCAGCCGAUCUACUGCGCGAAGACAAGGAUGAAGAUCUACUGUUUGAUUAGCAUUUGUUUCUAUCUGCUUGUGGGGAAGGUGCACCAUGGUACAGCAUAUCAUACACAGCGGCAUUUAGUACAUUUUACUCUAGUGCAUUGUUUUGUCAUUGCUUUUUGUGAACAUCUUAAAGAUACAGUUUUCAAUGACAUUAUAUUACCAAGAUUUUAAAAAUAUAAUGCCAAAUCAUUCUGUCCCCCUAAUGCAUUGUGGUAUUUCAGUGAUUUAACUUAUUAGUGUGGCAACUUUUAUUUUUUUCUAAUUACAAUGUCUUGAACAGCAUGACAUGCAGAACUAUAUAACAAAUUAAAAUGUGAAGUGUUGCAUGUAUUUAUUCUCU